UCACUUCCUCGUUCUGUGCUCGUAGCGCUGAGCUGCCACCGAGGCUGCACCAUCCACCCUGAGAACCCUCUCACAAAAUGGACCAGGAGACCCUGGGAAGCAUUGUCCUGCUUGCCAUCGUCACCCUGCUCAGUGUUGUCCAGAAUGCUUUUUUCGCUAACAAAGUGGAGCAUGAAAGCAGACACUGCAACGGGAAGGUGUUGCAGCGGCAGGGAUCCUCCUCCUUCGACCGUGUCUACACUGCCAAUCAAAACUGUGGACAUGCAUACCCUACGUUUCUCGCCGUGCUUUGGUGUGCUGGCCUCCUCUGCAGCCAAGCUCCUGCUGCCUUUGCUGGCCUGAUGUACUUGUUUGUGAGGCAAAAGUACUUUGUGGGCUACCUCGGGGAGAGGACUCAGAGCACUCCUGGUUACUUGUUUGGAAAGCGCAUCAUUUUGUUCCUGUUCCUCAUGUCUGUGGCUGGAAUACUCAACUACUAUCUUGUCUUCUUUUUCGGAAGUGACUUUGAGAUACACAUUAAGACGAUAACCAGUGCGAUCUCUCCAUUGCUGCUCAUACCCUGACUCUCCACAGCACUGAGGGGGUCAGCUCGCUUCAUAUAUUGAUGCCCAGAAGCUGCUAUAAUUCAACUGUUUAAGAAAUGAACCCAUAACCCAGUGAGAUUUCUGUAAAUGUCAUGCUUGACAAACUCUGUAGUUUGAUUUAGCCUUGCUUUUUUUCUUCAGGAAAAAGAUUUAUCAUGAGCACUUGGCAUGCCCAAGGAAUGGUAACAACUUUCAGUUAAUUCUUUAGAAGUUUUUCCUAAAGGCAUCUUGCAUGCUGACUGGAAGGGACAUUGUAUGCUUGCUUCAUAACUGUGUCAUACUUAGCUUUUGUCCCAAAACCCAGUGUUGUUCCUGACUGUGGUGGCUCCCCCAGUCACCCUCAGAUGCAAGAGCAGCCUUUCACCAGCAUUCCACGCACCUCUGCCUGCACAAAGGCAUGGACCAGCCUCUUUACCUACUCUUUCCCUCCGACUUGUUGAUGACCAAGUUCUUGCUGUUGCAGGAGGGUGGCAAAUUAGUCCCUUCCUUCAUAAAAAUUCAUGUGCAUAACACUCACCACACUGAUCUCAUUUACACUUCAGCCUCUUUGUUCUGCCACAGCUGGGAAAAGGAGUGGUGUGUAAAAGAGGAGCUGGUGUAUCGCCGGUGGAGUUUUGAUUGGCUUUGUUUAAUAAAACAGUCUAAAGCGGUGAAA